AUGUCCAGCCCGUCACGGCAAAUCAAAUGUGUGGUGGUUGGGGACGGUACUGUGGGAAAGACAUGCAUGCUUAUUUCGUAUACUACGGAUUCAUUUCCUGUGCAGUACGUGCCCACAGUCUUUGACAACUAUUCUGCUCAAAUGACACUGGAUAAUCACACGGUCAAUCUUGGAUUAUGGGAUACAGCUGGACAGGCUAGUUAUACAUAA